CACUAGGAGGAAAUGGAGCCACUGCCCAGCUAAACACUGUUCACAGAUCAAUGCGCCUGGAAAUAAAAUUCUCAGUUUAAUUAAUCAUCGUGGAUGUGUUUUUCCUCGGAGUGGGAGACAUUUUGACGACAUUGUCAUGUGAGAGUUUGACAGCAGUGAAAUAUCCUCUACUGUACUCUACUUGGGUUUUCUUCUCCAAACCAAAGCAAGAUGGACUCUCAGUCGGCUUGUCUGUCUUGUCAGAGCUCAGAUCGACAUUUUGCACGGAUAUGAAAAUGUUUGCUUAGAGUGUCUUGUAUUUUAUAGGUCAUCGUCAUUGCAUGACAAAGGCUGUGGCAGAUUCAUCUUCAUCACUCAUACCGCAUUUUCAUACCUGUUUUUUCAGUGCGGUAGUACCAUGAAGGGGGAAGGAAGGGGUAAGGAGCUACCUGUUGGAGAGGAGGUCACUGACAAGCGUCCCAAACGCAAGUGCUUGCAGUGGCACCCACUUCUUUCCAAGAAGGCUCUGGAUUUCUCUGAGGAGGAAGAAGAGGAGGAUGAGGAAGAGAUGGAGAAGCACCCAGUGCUGUGUGGCGAGGACCAGGGGUCAAUAGUGCAGUGUGGGAGAACAGCAGAGGAAGUGGAGGAAGACUCGAGUGAACAGCGGGCACGACGUCCAAUGAAUGCCUUCCUCCUCUUCUGUAAACGCCACCGCUCCCUGGUGCGGCAGGAACACCCUCGCUUGGAUAACCGUGGGGCCACCAAAAUCCUGGCGGACUGGUGGGCUGUGCUGGAGCCCAAAGAGAAGCAGAAAUACACUGACAUGGCAAAGGAGUACAAAGAUGCCUUUAUGAAGGCAAACCCAGGCUAUAAGUGGUGUCCGACCACCAGCAAACCAGUUAAGAGCCCUUCCUGUCAGCCAGUCAGCAACCCUCGCAAAAAAAUUUGGUCCUUCCCUUCCAACUCAACCAAGGACUCCACUACUGCCAAAAAAGUUCCCAAAACUGACAGCAUGCCACAGUUAAACUUUGCCAUGGCAGAUCCUACGAAGAUGGGAGGUCUUAGCAUGCUGCUAUUAGCUGGGGAACAUGCCCUCACAAAUAGAGAGAUCCCUUCCAGCAUUAAACCUAGUUUACCUGACACAGCCAGCGAAGGGAACUCCUUUCCAGGGGAUGAAGAAGAGAUGCUGUCUGGGACGAUACCGAACAGAGUGCCUGACAUUUCUGAAAGCAGUGUUAAAUCUGACCCUUCCCCACUGGCAGAGUCAUCGCUCUCUGUGGCACCUGAAGGAAAACCAUGCAGACAGUCCGCUCUCUUUCAGCUUGCUGAGAUGUGCCUCGCAUCCGAAGCAGGACAGAUGGACACAGUGGUAUCUCAGCCUGCAGACAGCUCCUCUACAGCCUCUCUCCGGCAAGCUACAGUCGAGCCGGAGAUCAAGGAGGAGAAAGCAGACAGUAACAACAGCCCUCCCUCCUCUCAUGCAUCAGCCCUUUUACCUUUCCUCCAUGUCACUUCUACCUCUACUGAUGCCAUUCCCCCACAACUCAACAGUCAAAAUGCACGUGUCAAAAACAAGAGCAAGAAAAAAGAGGUGGCCAAGUUAAAUGAUAACGAUGAGAUCCCUUUCUCAACCAAGAAGAUCAUUAAUAAGUGCAACCAUGCAGAAUCAAACGUGGACAGUGUCUUCAGUACAAUUGAGGCAGUGGCCAAAGGGACCUGGAAGGACACAGAAGAGAAGCCCAAGAAGAAGAUUCAGAGCAGUCUAAGUGGUGGAAACUCUGGUUUGCCCAAAAAGAAGAGUAAGCCCAAAGUCAAGACCUUUGUCAAAGAAAAAGAGGAGGAGAUGGAGGAUGACUGUGGGCAGUGCAGUUCCUCUGAGGUGGAAAUGAAGGAAGAAAUGGCUGAAGAAGAAGCAAGUAUAGGAAGCACAGACUUUCAGGGAAGCAUGGCAGAAGCUCAUCCCUUCCCCUGCAGCCCUUCACCUGCUAAGCUCAAAGAGGAAGACAGGGGGAAGGAGAGGUCGAAUGAGGGGACCUUUGACUCCAACACAGAGAACCACAGCUCCAGGAAAUCAGAGCGGAGCUGUAAAGGAGCCUUGUAUAAAACCCUUGUUUCUGAGGGAAUGCUUACUUCACUGAGAGCCAAUAUUGACCGAGGUAAACGAGGUGCUUUCCGUGCUUCUGAUCAUGAUGCUAACUGGACUGAUAACAGCUGGACAGUUUCUCAGAUAGGAUCUAAUAACCCCAAGAAGCUGAAAAAGUCAAAGUCCAAAGAUGAAUGUUCACAGGGCCUAGGGAAGCUGGAGGAAGAGUUUGAAAGGAAGUUUAACAGCCUGCCACAGUAUAGCCCAAUGACAUUUGAUAAAAAGGGUACUGCUGUUGCAAAGAAGAAGAAGACUGACAGCUCCACUGUCCAAGAGGAAGUCUCUAAAGCCGGGAAAGGGUCAUCUCCAUCUCAGAAAAAGACUUCAUUCCACAAGAUUGUUAGGAAGCACAAACAAAAAAAGGAGAAGCCAGGUGCAGUUGACAAAGCGGCACAGAGUGAAUCCACCAUGCCAGAUUUAUCUUCAAAAGCCAAAUCGUGUGCGCCUGUUGCCAUAAUGUGCCCAGAUGUCCAGGGCCCGACUAGUAUGGAGGCACUAGUUGGUAGUCAGAAAAGGAAGGCUAGGAAGACCAAGAUCACACACUUGGUGCGCACACCGAAUGGCAGCGUGUCUCCAGCUGAGGAGUACAAAACUAGGGACCUGAACCAGGAAGAGGAUAAGAAGCCAUUACCCCAACAUAAUUUAUGCAAUGAAAAAGGGUGCUCCAGUAAUCCCAGAGCAGAGGAGGCAGAGAGGGGCACCAUACCACAAGAGCUACCUGCUUUCUUUAGCUUGGCAGCCCUCGCUGAGGUAGCAGCUAUGGAAAACAUUCACAGCGGCCCAAGAGGCUUGGCUGAAAAUCCGAAGAAAGAGCUCGCCCAGACUCCGGUCCUCAUCUCCUGUGCCGAUCAGUGAAACUCUGCUGCUGUUACAAGAUGCCACAACAUGGACACUGACAGUGGAGCUAUACUUUUCUCAGUGGUAACUUUACACUGAAGAGAGACUUGAUCAGGAAGCUUCGGACAGACCCCACCUUACCAUUGUGGUAAAAUUGCUUGAUGGUGGGGAAAAGAGACCCUCUCCUCCUCUGUGUUCCUGGCUAUCUCAGUGUUUUUCCCAAAAGCCUUCCUUUUGUUUGAGGGAGGUUGCCUUUCUGAACUCCUCUCGCUACUUUUAGAUGCUCUGUUUGGGCCUGUGGAACCCAGAAGUCGCCCAGUGCAUGGCUUCCCUUAUAGAGAUGGUUGUCAUGGCUUUAUUUCACACUGUUUUGUUAAAUAGAGGUCAAUUUUAAGGUCAAGUCUUGUGUGAUAAAAUAUAGCAUUUUAGGUAGGGCAAGAAAUCCCAACACUGCAUUUGUUUUGGAGACAAACACAGCUUUCUGUCACCUUUUUACCUCACACACACGCCUACUGAAAUUUUCCCUCCACCUCUAGUAGAUACCUCUGUGUUUGAAUGGUUCUUGUCCUUUCCAUUCCUUCAAGCUUCAACCCAAAAUGACUUUAACCAGGGUAAAUUAUCAUGAUGGAUUUACUUCCAUAACCAACUACUUGCUUAGUAUUUCCCUGUGGCACACUAAUAUGGUGUACUCGAACUAUGAAGCAAUCAUGGUUGGGUAUUUAAUAUGUAAGUUAUGAUGCUACUGUAAAACAGUAUAUGGUAGCUACAAAUAAUCAUGUUAGACUGAAUGUGAAUGUUAGAGCAAUUUGCAUACCUUUACAUCUCAACUUGAGUUGACUAUAGCUGAGGGUGUCCUGCUUAUCCUGUAGUAGUAGGUCCACAGUGUCCCUGUCAGGCUUAUGAGACAGUAGUUCAGCUUCAAAACUUCUUCUUGUUGAUAGGAAGGUUGUGUGAAAGUGAUUUAAAUAUAGCCUUAACCUUCCCACAUAGACCCUUUCAACCGGACCUAGAACCAGCUUCUUGCUCAAUGCCAUCACAGUUCUAAAGUGUAAAAGUUUUUGAAAAGUGAAAUGCAGUUUUAAUACUUGAUCUUAUUGUAGGUUGCGUAGCAAUUACAAGGCUUAAUUCCU